AUGCGUUUCGACAAAGUGCUCACCGACGUGGAUGAGGACGCCGCGCAAGAUCUGGACAAACCCGAUUCAUUCUUUGAGAGGCGACUUUACGCGACAAUUCAAGCAAGUGAUGUGGUCGGACUAAAAAGCGAAGAGUGCAAGAUGGUCUGCGAGAGUAACAACGAUUUCAUGGCGAUCGCUACCGGAAAUGACUUCAACCUCUUCUCGACAAAAGAGCUCAACUUUGUGGCUCAAGGGUGUGCUGAUGCGCCCAUUCACAGCGUCUAUGCUUUUGGAGGAAAAGAGCCGAUCGUGAUCGCAGUGGACAACAAGGAUUUGAAGAUCUUCGUCGUAACGAUAUGUAAUAAUGCGCUGCUCACAGUGGAGCACAAGUUGCCAGUUGAAAGCAACCAAUGCUUCUUCGCUGCAAAAUCAUUCGGUGGCAGUUGUCAUAUGGUACUUGUUUCUGCUGGAGCUGGAUUGCGCCUCAUUGUGCCAAUGUGGGAUUACUUAUUGCAGGCGGACAAGGAGAACUUCCUCGGUGUUGCAAACGAGGCUCGCAAGUCAAUCACAAAGGAACGCUUCGACGCCCCAAAGGAUAUCUGCGGAUUUCGUUUUGCCGAUUGUGGCGACUUGAUGUUCGUGCCAAAUCGAGCCGGAGAGUUUACCCAAAUGUUGUCGAAAUCGUCAAAGAAUAUGGAUCCGCUCUUCGAUUUUGAUUUUAUGCCAAUUUGCUUCAGCGAAUAUGCUGCAGGGAAUUUUACGGCAAUGAUUCAUGAAGGAAACAAUAUGCAAAUUAUAGAUAAUUUCACGCUGAUUGUCGUAGAAGAAUAUGAGUUGAACGUGGAAGGAAAGAUCGAGUCGUUUCACAUCAUCGAUGACAAUCCAUUCAGUCCAACGUUUGAGCAAGUUGCGCUGAUCGUUGAAAGGGAUUUGCGUCGAUAUAUUGAAAUCGCUUCUGUUACGGCUGGAAAAGUGAUCUUCUCGUUACCGAUUCGAGCUGGAACUCGACUGAUGAAUGGUGGAGACGACAGCAAACGAUUGCUUCUACUCGCUGAACCAUUCACCUCACAGUACCCCAGUGAUCCCGAUGCGUGCGUUCGAAUCUCUGAGCUUGUCGAAGUAAAUCCACAAUCAUGUCUCGAUCGAAUGAUUCAACAUGGCCAAUUUGAAGCCGCCAUCCAAUUUGCGAAGAAGCACGAGCUCGAUGAAGAACAAAUCUACAUUGCUCAAAUGGUUUUUCUUGGAGACGGAUUGGACGUUGGCGCGACGAAUGAGGAUAUCGAUCAAUUUCUUGCGAUCGGAAAGAAAAUCAAGGAUCAGGAUAAGGUAGCCGAGCUUUGUCUUGUUGGCGCUUAUCGAGUUGAAAAUCCCUACUGUGUAUUGCAAAUCUUGACAUUCUGCUCGGCAUUCAAACUAACAGAUCAAUACACGAUUGAGUCGUUGACAAAGAUGCUUUACUCACUGACAACGUUUCGACUGGUAUUGGGCGACAACUGUGAUGUCAAAAUAGGACGCGAGCUUUGGCAAAAAUUCAUCAAUGAAGGAGAGCUGUUCAAUGUGUUCUCAAAGUUCUUGAUGCUCGGAUUGAUGGCGGAAGCCCGGAUGAUUUGGGUACGACAUCGCGUUGCUAUUUUACAAGAUUGCCAAUUUUCCGAGAUGUCCAAGGAGUCGACCAUAACAACAAGCUUUCUUCAAGAAAUGUUUUCCCAACUCCGAGAUGGAAUCAAAGUUCGCAAUUCUUGCUGGAGAGACGCAUUGGCGCUAGUCGAAGUGGAGAUCAUUAAGGUGCUGCCAGUUGAACAAAUGAUCGAGGCUAUCGUUUUCCUAUGGCAACUCAUCGAUUGGUUGAUUCCCUUCUUGGAGCUUCACGAUUCAGCCAACUUCCCUGACAAUGCCAUUUAUACAGCGGGAGCAGUGCAUAGGGUCGCGAAUGACAUAGUCAACGAAUCUGUUACACCACUGAUGCUGGCGAACGCGGUUUGCGUCUCACGCAAUCUCGGGCUCGUUGACGGAGAGCAGCUGAGCAUCAUGGACAAGGCGACAAAGCUCGUGAAUCAAUUAGAGAGCAUCAAGGAGUUACGCACGAAGUUCAAUUGCCAUUUCUCGUUCGACGAAUUCCGCACGAUGUCGAUCCAAGAUGUUUGCUACAAAAUUCUCGACGAGUCACUGCGAAGUCCGGCUAAGAUCAGGGAAAAUGUCGCCACGUAUGCCCGGCCCUACAUGAAGAAACACAACCUGCCAAUUGACAAUACUUUGUUCGACUAUGUAAAACGAGGGUCGUGUAAGAUUGCGGCAUCGAAUUCGGCGAGCAUCUUCGGACAAUAUUGCCUAAUCGUCAUUGGUGCCAUUGAAAAUGCGCAGAUCAGACAUCGAGGUCUUCUGGAAAUCGCCCGCGUUUCGCCUGUUCCAUGGAAUCCGGAGUUGCAGAAAGCUGUAAGCAUCGUACUAGCAGACAAACAAGUGAAUGUGAAAAUUCAAAAGGAGCUCAAAUUGGUGUGUAUGCGGGCCGAGAUGGCCCUACUGUUAAAGAAGUACUGCUUGGCAACGGACUUUGAGCGACUGCAGAGCUACUUUGCGACUACGAUCACAUUUGAAAAGAUUCUUCGUUUUAUCUUUGCUGACACCAAUCAUAACUUCAAAACCCAGUCGGAAGAUGCUGAAAAGUUGGUCGACUUAUACAACCAGCUGAAUGAAAAGGCCACCUUCGCGGUGCUUCGCGUUCCCAUUUUGUUAUGUGAAUCAAUGUUGAACAAAAUGUCGUCUCAACUUCCUUCGGUGAUCGAGUACCUCACAAAUGCUGAGACGAAUGGUCAAAAGCAAAUCUUGGAUGCGUUAAUCCCGGCGUUGGCCUCUCAUCUGGAAAACAGGAUAAAUUCAGCAUCCAAAUGUGAACGGGAACUUCGCUUGCAUCAAUGCAUGGUCCUUGAAAGUCUAAUUGUUCGCUUCCGGAGAGGGGAUCCGAUGUAUGAAACGCUCUACAAGAAUGUCAAAUCAUUGAGGUGUUUGCAGGAACAAUACGACAUCUGCGAAAGCCUGCUGCUGAUGAGAUCACCUAUGGAACGCCACACUCAUUUGCGAGCCUUUUUGGAGAGACAACCACUAGAGGACGAUGUUAGUAUUGGAAAGGCUCUUCUUUUUACGGCAACACUUAAUUUCACGGAUGAAGAAGCGCUGUGUUUCAUGUUUGAACACAAUCAAAAUUCUGAUCAACGUGAUGCCGAUUUGGCUGUGUUGCUGAUCCUCAAGUCCAUCUCGAUUGUGCGUUCAUUUUCAUCACGUUUGACAGAGCUUUGCUUGGACGCACUGAAUUUAAUUCUUCUGGCCAUUUUCUAUGGAGCAAAAUCGGAGAAUCAAGAACAAUUUGACAUCGUAUUCGAAUGGGCCUUCACUCUACAGACAAGGAUUCCGGAACUUUGCUUGGCAUGCAAUUCAGCUGACGCUUAUGGCACGUUGAUUCGGAUAAAAGGAUACAUCGAUCUGAUCUGUAUUGUAUUCCAACAAGGCUCUAAUGAAGAUACGAUUAGCGACAAGGCUCAUGCUGUUGAAUCAAAGGAGAAACUCAAGGAUGUGCUGCGAAAUAGAGAUGAAUUUAUGUCGCUUUGGCAUCGACUUGGUUGCUACAGCUAUGCAAAGGACCCCUCAUUGUAUGAGAAGAUACAAACCGCACAACUGAUUUGCAAUGUGGCUCGAAGUGUUAUCGCGUCAAAGGAGCGACUCGACGAAAAUCUUCUCAAUGAAAUGGUCGAAGAUUGGGAGAAUCUCUUCAGUCAUCUUUCGCUGCACAAUCAGAACUUACUCGAGUAUUCGGCUCGAGUCUACGCUUCAUAUUUGCCCUGCUUUGAGAAGAAAACAGUUGAAUUGACGCCAAGUGUGCAGAUGAUUGCCCAAAAAGUGAUCGAUUCGCAUCCGGCCGAUUUGUGGACAGCCACACAAGCAUUACUGACGGUGCCAGCAACGAAUAGACAAAAUUUGGUAAUCAGAGAGUUGAAGAAUUUCACACGAGCCCGACAAAGCCCGCAAGCGUACAUCAACUACUACAGAAUUGCACAAUUCAUGUCAGCGAUCUCGAGUCAAGGCGCCGACCACAAGGGAAAUCUAGUUACUAGCUUCCGGAAAGCGCUUUGGCAGAAGAAGCUUCGCAAGAUGGGACUUCCAUCUACACUUUGUGCCAACGCAUCAACGAAGAGUGAAGGCGUUCUCUCUGCAUUUGCCACUUCUCGUGUGGAUCCGCACAUUGUCGCUGAUUUCCUUGAAGCUUUUGGGUUGUCCGUAUCACUUCUACUGCAAUACGGCGCUCUCUUCGUCUAUCAAGCUAGCUAUGAAAAAGAUGUGAAAGUUGUGGACGAGCUUCUCGCAAAAGCCAGCUUCGCGAUUGAUUUAUCACGAGUCGAUUUGGAGAAUUCGUUUGCGGUGCUACUCGAUAUCUUUUACGUGCUUUCCCCGUACAACUAUCGAGUGCUUUCGGCGACAUUGGCAAAAUUGGAGGAACUCGCGUGCAACAAUGAAAUUCAUCUUAAGUUAAUUCAACCGUUGAAGACCGUCCUCAUCUUUUUACAAGAGCUAUCGAGAAAGCAAGAAAUUACAAAAUCCGAAUACAUCUGGUAUAAAGAACGCGAGCGAUACAUUGAGACGACGUUGAAAGAGAAGAACCUCACAAUCCAGCAACUCUCAAGCGUUAUUCACUCAAGAUAUCUAAAUGGACCAAACAUCGAUGAGAUUGGACCGGUGAUUGACGAGCUUUUGACAGAGUUGGACGAAGAAAUGCUUCAAAAGUUGCCAUCACAAGCUAAACAACACCUGCCGAUGCACCUAUUUUUGUAUGAGAACAGCGAUGAUAUCAAGAAGUACCUAAAGCCGACCAUUGAAUUGGAGAUCAAUAUCUACUCAUUGACGAACUGGCAAGAACUCGCAUCGGGUGUCAGUUACUUUUUACGGUCGAUUUCACGGAUGGAACUUCUGAAGAUUGCCGUGUGCAAAAGCGCCAGACAAGCAGUGAUGGAAGAUCAACUGUCUGAAGGGGACUCCGAGAAAAUUUGGGCGUGCACAGUGAGCAAUACGAAUCGAGCCGAUGUGAUCACAGUUCUCUCGACCUGCGUCGCGAGCAUGAAAACGACCGAACUUCAACUAAGUUUUCUGAAGUUAGCGCAGAAGGUUGGGCAAGAGUGGAUUGAGAAAAAGGCGACUUAUAAUGUUCGGGACCAAGAGGAGGCCGAGUUGAGGAGCAAAGUGACGUCGAUUCAGAUGAAAAUUAUCCAACUCGAGACGGGGCGACUGCUUGGCGCUGCGCAGAUUUCUCGCUCGGACCUCAUGUUCGAUUAUGACCCGGAGAAGCUAAUCGAACACAUUUACUUGGAAGGAGUCAAUUGGAAUGAUAGUAGCGAUAUUGAUAAGAAGUAUAAGACCGUUCAAGAGCUGGCUCAUAUCAACGGCACGGAUCUGUUGACGAUUGAAAAAAGAUUGGUGGAUCGAUGGCUUCAAGAAGAGAAAUCCGAGGCUUUCGUCGAUAUGAAUGAUACAAUGGGAAUGAACGAAUCACUUCCCAUGGCCGGCAUUGCAAAAUCCGACUCGAAAAUUGCUCGUCUGCCCGUCUUUGAUGUGAUCACCACUCGAAUCGCACAUGUCAUUCGCCGAGGAGACCUUAAAGCCUACGCGGUGCAACUUCGUCAGAUGAUCGCCAAAUUGGACUUCUCACUCGGCUCUUGCCAACGUCGACUUCUUGCUCUCUGCGUGAUGGCCGUGACUUUUAACAACAAAGAACUCAAACAGUACUUCGACUUUGACACCGAGGAUCACAUUUGCGCACAAAUCGAGUGGACUUCAUACAUGAGAAUGUUCGCGUUGGCUUCUUACGAUAUGGAUCUGAAAAAGCUGCAAGACGUGAAUCGACCACAAUUGGUUCGCUCGUUGAUUGACAAUGCGCGGACAUCACAAGAGUUGGCCGAGCUGAUCAUGUGCCUCAUCUUUGACGAGAAUAUCGAUGAGAAGGAAUUUGUCGAAAAGGUAUCGGAUCGCUUGCUGCACUAUAAGAGCAAAGACUUUCUCAACUUGUUGCUGCGACACUGUGGAUCGAACAAUGCCCUACAGACAGUGAAGAAUUUGGCGCUGCUUUGGACUCGGGUUUUCGAGUGGCACGUGCAAGAAAUCGGAGAUGCCAAUCAAUCUCAACUCGCGGCCAGGGAACUGCAGAAAUGGGUCUACACCCUAUUCGCUUGUCCCAUCUCUAGAGUGCGCUCAAUUGAAACAGUCCGCAACACGCUCAUCAACCGUCGCUUGCCCAAUGCUAGUUUGUUGAUCCCAAUCUUGGCAUCUACUGAAAAGAAGUUCGAUAUGAGCACGGCAACCUCGGAGACGCCAACGCACGACUUGAAUUUCAAGUGGAUCAACGAGGAAAUGAGGACGCGCCCAAAUGAAAAUUAUAUGGAAAUG